AAUAAUAAUAAUAAUAAUAAUAAUAAUAAUAAUAAUAGUCACGGAAUCAACGGUACUCGUACAUACGUACGUACGUACGUACGACGAAUGCAUCGUAGAUGCAAGUUGGUAUCUGUAAAGUUUGCGGAGACGAGUGGAACGCACGCCUACGUGCUAUAUAUAUCGAUAUCGGUGUCCAGCCUAUGUGAUUUGAAUCGUCCGGCAAUCGAGGAGGGUCGGUUUACGGGCUUUUACGCCCGUUGCCCAACAAUCGGGUGGUAGUCGGGCGCUCCGAGGCGGGAAACUUAUUGUACAUGGUACGCGUGUGCGUGGAUCUGCGUAGACGUAGAUCGCGAAAAUUGCGCGACGGUGCAGCCGAGGAGCAAGUUGCGUGUAAGUAUACACGUGUCGAUUCCACGUAGUUACGCAACACUUCGCAAACUGUAUGUACCAAGAAUUGAGUAAAAGACUAUGGCGAGUUGCGCUGGGCGGAGUUCGUCUUCUUAUUGUUAACGGGGCUGAAGAGUCGGGAGUGCGGGAGUCCGGGAGACCGGGAGACCGGGAGACGGUCCUCAACACUUUUAUUUCAAACUCGACGGUGAAACUGGAAGGGCAGGGGGACUGAAUGUGAUAAAAAGUGUUCGUCGUUGCGCUGCACGUGAGCACCAGCAGCACUCUGUCCCGCAUCGUCGAUUGCCGCAAUAAAACUAGGGAGCAAAGAUACGUUGAAAAAAGUAUACCGAUAAAAUAAUGACUCGGACAUUUUGCGCCAAAUCUCUUUCGAUCUUGUGUGCCAUAUGCGCAGUUUGCGGAUUACAACGAUGCGACGAGGAUAUCGGUGGUUGGGAAAAGGUAGCCGGAAUGAGACCAGAAUCCGUACGUUCGACGCGAAUACUUUACGAGGGCGUAGAUUCGCAGGGGAUCACUGCAACGUGUUUCAAGAGAUGCGAUGCGUCAAACUGUACCGCCUUCGUGGUUGACUUGCAGCGGGGUGGAUGCUUCAGCGUUGAGGUCACUUCGGAACAAUUUCUACCAGAACCAAAUGUUACUUUCUACCACAAAAUCUGUAUAAGAGUACCUGCGGACUGCCGGGCCCGGCGCCUCUGGCAGGUAGAACGAACGCUAGGUGCUAUUCUAGUCGACGCGUCUCCAACGUGGUUACCAGGAAUAAUGACGAGGGCGGAGUGCUACCAGCGUUGCAUAGCCGCCGGAAGAAAUUGCAGGUCCGCCCGUUAUCGUACCGCGGAAGACUUGCGGAUCGGAGAUACGCGGGGUAGGUGCGCCCUCUCCAACGUCGACAGGGGUAACAGGCCGCAGGCGUACAGGGCCUCGAUGUACAGGGACGAGUAUCUGCAAAAUCAGUGCCAUAAUUUGACCAAGGCUGACUACUGUUCGUAUUCGGAGUAUCGGGACACGACCAUGUUGUAUUCGGAUCUGAGGAUCAUCGGGCUCGAUCCGGAAGAGUGCGAGGCGAGGUGCGACGCGAGUUCCGACGGAUUCAACUGCAGGGGAUACAGUACGAUACGUCGCACGAACGGUGGAAACACCGAGCCCGCUUUACUCUGCCUUCUUCACGCCGACGGCACCGUCGGAGCUGGUCCCAGUUCCUUGAUAAACGCUCCCAAUUUAAUCUACAGGGAACGCGAACCCUGCCUGGACCUUCGAGUUCGAUGCACGAACGGCAGCCUUGCGAUAGAGCUCACCACCGAGGUUCCUUUCUGGGGGAGAAUAUACGCGAGCGGAUGGGGCGAACGGUGCGGCGUGCACGGGAGCGGUAGGAAUUUAACAUCCCUCCGUCUGACGUUGCCCCGGAUAAUCGACGACCCUGCCGAGGACGGGGCAAGGGCCUGCGGAGUCGCUCGCGCGAUUUCGAUCGACAGCCGCAACCGAAGCCGGACGGUGGCGUGGGCGACGAUAGUCGUUCAAUUCAACCCGAUAAUCCAGCGACUGGGGGACCAGGCGGUCAGAGUUGGGUGUUUCCUCGACGGGGAUGCGGACGACCUUCCGCAGCCGAGGAAUAUAACGGUGCACUCGGACGUUCGUUUCAUCGAUCCCAACGCGGGUCUACCACCGAUUGUUACCACCGUCAUUAACUCGUCGUCGGACGCACCCACGGUCAGAAUGAGGAUACUCGACGACAGUCUCAUGCGCGACGCCACCGUUACGCAGCUGGGGCAGAAAUUGAUCCUUAAAAUCGAGAUUACCCCACCUCACGGAGCGUACGACAUAUUUGCCGGACAUUUGGUCGCUAGUAGCGCGGGAGGUGAUUCCUCGUAUCUGCUUAUCGACGAGAUCGGGUGUCCGACGGACUCUGGUACGUUUCCGGCGCUCGUACGAGACACGGACAACAGUUCACUUGUCGGAAGAUUUACCGCCUUCAAGUUCCCCAACAGCCAAUUAGUCAGGUUCAAUGUCGUGGUAAAGUUCUGCGCUGGAAGAUGCGAACCGGCGCGAUGCAGCAACGGCGUCGGUUCAUACGGAAGGCGGCGCAGGGAGGUGGACGAGGACGAAGCCGCGGAAGCUAAAGUAAACGAAAUCCUACCGAAGGGGACUCCGGAUCAGCUGCCCCUGCAAUUUUCGAUAAUAGUUCAGAGUCCUGUCGUAUCGCCGGACCCUCUCCGCUCGCGGGACAACGCCGUUCCGGACACGGUUCUCAUAGCCGGCGGUCAUACGUUGGAAAGUUUACUUUGCGUGGACGCCGGGCUGGCCUUGGGAUUGCUCAUACUCUGGCUGAUCGUUCAAAUAAUAUUAACGGCUGGCUGUUUGGUGGCGGUAAAACGUUACAGGCGAUUGGCUCGACAGGCGGAAGAAGACCGCGCCGAUAUCCUGGCCAGGCAUCUUUACGGCAUUCACGGUGGCAAUUUUGAAGUUGCUAGGCGAGUACGGUGGGCCGAUCACAACGGCUCGUCCGUAAGCUAGUACCUAUAUCGAUCGAUGUCGCGUCCUUCUGUACAAACAAUAUAUUCAUGGAAUCAUGAUCUGGGAUUCAUCAGAUAAUAAACAUGAAACGUGAAA